AUGGCCCGGCUCUCCGUCCGCCAGAAUGGGUCCUGCCCGGCCAACACGCUGUGGUAUGUCUGUUCGACGGGCGGUUAUACUGGUUGCUGCUCGGUCGAUCCGUGUACGACCGGGGUGUGUCCAGAUAGCAGCGGUGACGGUGGCAGCGACAGUAGCAGUAGCAGCAGUAGCAGCAGCAGCAGCUCUACCGUCGCUGUCAUGGUCACCACGAAGGAUGACCCAUCCGUGACGACCGUGGUCCAAGAGCCUGUCGCUACCACCAGCACUACCAGGCCCAUCUCCACAUCCUCCCUCCCAUCCACAUCAGAGGCCAGCAAGACUACAUCAAGUGUGCUGGAGACGACAACCUCGAGCAGGCAUACGACUACUUCCCCAACCAUCAGUCCUACCACGACCCUAUCUACAACCUCCUCUACCCAAGCUCCUUUGACCACACAAAUGACCUCCACCACCCCCGUCCCUACAACAACAUCCUCAUCAAAACCCACACCCGCCAUCACCGGUGCCCUCAUAGCAGGUAUCGUCGGCGGCGCCUUCGCCCUACUCCUCCUCAUCACCUUGAUCCUCUACUCCAUCCACCGCUCGCGAAAGCGACGAGAGAAGCGAACGUUUACCUUGCUGCGCUGGCGGAGUGGCUUUGACAGUAAGCCCAAGUCACCAGUUGCCCGGACCGGAAACUCCUCGCCUUCACCCUCACCUCCAUCAGCACCCACCCCUAUAACAAGAACAACAACAUCAUCAACCAUCACAACAAGCCCGUCGCUCCAUCCCGCUCCUCUAUCGAUCCACACCCACCAGACCCUCCCUUCCAACCACAACCACAACCAUCCCUCCAUCUACACCUACAAGCACAAUCAGGGUUACACCCCAAACACACCCACCCCCUCCACCACCAUCUCCAUCUCCACAAUAACCCCAUUUCAAACCCCAACCCGAACCCCCCACCGACCAUCCACAUCCAUCUCCACGACCACCCCCCGAUCCCUCUUCCCCUCCCCAUCCCUACCCAACACCCCCAACACCAACACCAACACCAACACCAACAUCAAGACCAGACUCCUCCCCCGCCCCCCCAAAUCCCCCAACCGAAACCCUGCUGCCACCGCCGCCGAACUCAGCGACACCGGUUUCUACCGCCAACGCGCCGAACUUCCCGCCGAGUCCUCGCGAGAGUUAAUCAAUAUCCCAGUGGAACGACGACAUCGAUUCUACGGGAGGGGCGUUGAGCAUGAAUAUGAGUAUGGAUAUGAAUAUGGAAAUGGGGAAAGGGAUAGGGAUGGGAUAUAUCAAACCCGAACCGGGGCCUCCGAUCCAAUCGUCACGAAAGAUGGGGCGGUGUUGGCGGCGACGAUUGAUCGGGUGGAGGAUCCGUUUUUGGGGGAUGGGAUUGGUCAUGAUAGAAGGGAUGGGAUGGGGAGGGUGGAAGUUAAUCUGAAGAAAGAGAAGAGGGAAAGUGAGGACAAGGAUGAAAGAGGAGAAAGAGAACGGAAUUCUAUCCCCCCGGUCUACCGGGAUGAAUGGCGGGGGGAGUUUCUGGGUGGUGGGGGGAGAGUUGAUGAGGAUAAAGAUAAACUAUAG